AUGCACUGCCUGUUUGUGUGGUCUGAUCAGUGUGUCAUUGUUUGUCCCCUCUCCCUCUCCCUCCUCCUUCCAGUCCCCCCAGAGGCCAUCGGCUUCCUGUCGGCGGUGGGCGUCUUCAUCGUGGCGUUGGCUGUCCUCUUCCUCUUCAUCAACAAGAAGCUGUGUUUCUCACGCGUCGGCGGGAUGCCAUGUCUGGAGCAUCGACACACCCACCGGAAGAAAACACGCCAGGGAAUCCGCCAGGGGCUCGUGAGCAGCUAUGGUGAGGAUGAGGAUGGCUGCAGCUCCUCUGGCAGUGAGGAAGAGGUCCUGAAGCAGUUUGAGAUCUCCGUGUCUCGUUCUCAGAGUUUCCGUACCUCGGCGGCGGCGAACCUCAGCGAGCAGCAGCCGCAGACGUCGCUCGGCCGACGCCACAAGUUCAGCCGCCUGUCGGACCAGGAGGAAGGCAGCACGGAGCCGUCGGACUGUGAAGAGAUGGAGGCUCAGAGCCAGCAGCGAGGGUUCACGGACCCGCUCUCUGCCGCCCUAGAGGAGAGCGAGAGGGCGUCGGCCGUCUCUCUGGAUAAACCUGCUGCUCUGGAGUUGUCGGGCGCCAGGGACAGUCCCACCUCGAGUAUGAACCGGCAUGCCGCAGACGGCAGCGAGGAGAUGGAGAAGGCCGCCGAUCGCGACAAAAAUGACGUCGAGGACAGCUCCUCCGCCUGGAGCCCCGAGCAAGAGCAGCCUCCCCAGGACGAGGUCUCGUCUGAGCCGCUGACCUCCACCCUUCGCCCCCCCAUCUCUACAUGUGGAGACCUGGUCCUCUCUCUGGAGUACCACCCCGACACGGAGAAGCUGCUGGUCUCGGUGAUCGCGGCGCGGGACAUCCCCGACAAGGCCCGCAGCGGCAUGGACUCCUGGCAGGUGCACAUGGUCCUUCUGCCCGCCAAGAAGCAGCGCCACAGGACGCUGGUGCAGAAGGGCUCGCUGCCGCACUUCAACGAGACGUUCCGCUUCUCGCGCCUGGAGCCGUCGGAGCUGCACAUGUCGGCCGUCCGGUUCCGGCUGUACGCUCUGGGGCCGUCCCGGAUGUCCCGCGAGAAGAUGAUGGGCGAGAAGGUUCUGCGUUUAGGAGGGCUGGACCCGGACGGAGGGACGAUGGAGACCACGCUGGUCCUGGAGCCUCGCAGUAACCUCAAGAGCUUGGACUCCCAGCUGAGCCUGUCCGCUGUGUCUCAGAGCGACAGCGCCUCGUCCACUCAGUCUCUGACGCACGGCGGCGUCCCCGAGCUGCUGGUGGGUCUCACCUACAACGCCACCACGGGACGCAUGUCUGUGGAGCUCAUCAAGGGGAGCCACUUCAGGAACCUGGCCAUCAACAGACCACCAGACACCUAUGGUCGCCUGACUCUGCUGAACUCCGUCGGUCAGGAGAUCUCUCGCUGUAAGACGUCGGUGCGUCGCGGUCAGCCCAACCCCGUCUACAAGGAGACCUUCGUCUUCCAGGUGGCGCUGUUCCAGCUGUCGGACGUCACGCUGCUCGUCUCCAUCUACAACCGGCGCAGCAUGAAGCGCAAGGAGAUGGUGGGCUGGAUCGCUCUGGGCCAGAACAGCAGCGGCGAGGAGGAGCAGCUCCACUGGCAGGACAUGAAGGAGAGUCGGGGACAGCAGGUCUGCCGCUGGCACGUCCUGCUGGAGGCGUAACGCCACCGAGAUGUAGGAUUUAUCUUUUUUUGAAAGGGCGGGGAGUUUUAUGCUUUUACUUUGGAGGGAUGAUUUGAUCUGCGUGACAGGAUGCAUGUGGCUUCAAACAGCGAUGGAUUCAAGGACUUCUCUCA